AUGGCUCAAAAGAUGUCUGACCCAGGUAGCUUCACUAUUCCGUGCACUAUUGGGAGUUAUGCCUUUGCAAAGGCAUUAUGUGACUUAGGAGCCAGCAUAAACUUGAUGCCUCUGGCCAUAUAUACCAAACUAGGCAUUGGUAGAGCUAGACCGACUUUGAUGCUUUUGCAACUGGCUGACCGCACGGCUAAAAGGCCGACAUGGAUUCUUGAUGAUGUGUUGGUACAAGUGGGGAAGCUUGUAUUCCCUGCAGACUUUGUUAUUCUGGAUUUCCAGGUAGAUGAAGAGAUACCCACCAUUCUGGAGAGGCCAUUCCUAGCCACUAGGAGAGUAUUGAUUAAUUGUGAAACUAGGGAAUUAAAAAUGUGGUUGAACGAUGAAGAAGUUAUAUUCAGCGUUCAACAAUACAUGAGGAGACCCAGUGAAUAUGCUAAUUGCUCCCUAGUGGAGGCAGUGGAUAUGAUCCUGCACGAAGAUACCCUGACUGCUACAGAUCCAUUGGGGGCUUGCCUGACAAAUUUAGAGGAGAUGGAUAGUGAAGGGUACAUUUUCUUAGGGCCUGAUUCUACUUUACCUGUUAUUAUAUUAUCCGGUUUUCUAGAUGUGCCGGUAGAGCAGCUCCUACAGGUGCUACAGGAAUGUAAGACUGCUAUUGGUUGGACCAUGGUGGACAUAAAAGCAAUUGGGGUCACCCCUGUUCAGUGUGUGCCGACAAAGGGAGGAAUAAUGGUCGUACAAAAUGAGAAUAACGAGUUGAUCUCGACUCAUACAGUCAUGGGAUGGCGGAUUUUCAUGGAUUACCGAAAACUGAACACAGCCACCCGGAAGGACCAUUUUCCUUUGCCAUUCAUUGACCAAAUGUUGGAUAGGUUGGCUGGAAUGCUUUUUGGGCUUUGUAAUGCACUGACAAUAUUUCAACGAUGUAUGUUAGCCAUUUUCACAGACAUAGUUGAGAACAUUAUGGAGGUUGUAUUUGGAAAGGUAUGCCACCUUCUGGUAGAGCUCGAGCAUAAAGCACUUUGGGCAUUGCGGCAGUUGAACUUGGACAUGGAGAUAACAGGCAUCAACAGAGUCACUAGGUUACAUGAGCUAGAGGAAUUCAGGUUCCACGCAUUCGAGAGUACUAGAUUAUACAAAGAAAGGAUGAAACUAAUGCAUGAUAAGCACAUCGUGGACCAAAACUUCAAAUCCGGAGAGCUAGUGUUGUUAUACAACUCACGAUUGCAACUGUUUCCGGGUAAGUUGAAGUCCCGAUGGUCAGGACCCUUCAGAGUGGUGCAAAUGUUCUCAAGUGAAGCUGUUGAGAUUGAAUCAGAAGAUGGGAUGAAUAAUUUCACAGUGAAUGGGCAAAAGUUGAAACAUUACCUUGGAAUGGAAGAAUAG